AUGUUAAGAAUAAUAUUAUUUGUCAUAAUCAUCAUAGGAAAAAUUAAUUAUAAUAAUGCAAAAGAGGCAAAAAGUAUCAAUAUAAUUGAAGACAAAUUUAUAAAUAGUAUUAACAAAAAUGAUCUCAUUAUUAGUAGUUUUAAUAAAGAUAACAUAAGAUCUAAAAGAAGUCUCAGAAAUGAAGAAGAAGGCGAAAGCGUUGAUGAGAUGAAAAAUAAAAGCAAAACUGUUGAAGAAAUAAUACAGAACGUAACAGAGAAAUGCGUAGGUGACGCGGAAUACUGUAACAUGACAAAAGAGGAUUACAUAGCGAUGUUAAACGAUUAUAUAUAUCCACAAACUUAUGAAUGGGUGCUAAUAGGUACCCAUACAGCUGUCUUCAUCGUCGGUCUAGUUGGAAAUACACUUGUUUGCGUAGCAGUUUAUAGAAAUCAUUCGAUGCGAACUGUGACGAAUUACUUCCUUGUGAAUUUAGCGGUGGCUGAUUUCAUGGUGAUUUUAUUCUGUUUACCGGCGACUGUUUUAUGGGAUGUGACGGAGACUUGGUUUUUAGGAGACGCUCUGUGCAAGAUACUGCUUUAUUUCCAGUCAGUAUCAGUGACGGUGUCAGUGUUGACACUGACAUUCAUCUCAAUAGAUCGCUGGUACGCCAUUUGCUAUCCACUCAAGUUCAAAUCGACGAUCAACCGCGCGAAGACCGCCAUCUUUGUCAUAUGGGCUGUAUCUUUACUGUUCAACACUCCUGAACUGGUAGUACUGACAACAGUGAAGACAGUUCCCCUCCGCUUUGAGUUGGAAUACCUCGUCCAAUGUACAGCAAUAUGGUCAUCAACUAGCGACCUUGUGUGGCAUAUCAUUAAAGUUGUUUUUAUUUACACAAUACCUCUUGUUUUGAUGACGAUAGCGUAUCAUCAGAUCGUUCGCAUUCUUUGGAGUUCUGAAAAGAUACCGGGUCACGCGGAAACCACAAAGCUUGCUCCAGCAGAACAAACACAACUGAGCUCACGUCGAAAGGCAGCGAAAAUGCUAGUGGCUGUUGUCAUCAUGUUCGCCGUUUGUUAUUUUCCAGUUCAUCUGCUGUCCGUGCUCAGAUAUAUCCUAGAUAUGAAACAAAAUGACGUCAUCACCUUUCUCGCUCUUAUAUCGCAUGUCCUCUGCUACGCAAAUUCUGCUAUAAAUCCAUUGAUUUACAACUUUAUGAGCGGUAAAUAUCGAAGAGAAUUCCACCGAGCAUUCUGCUGUUCAACAGGACUCGCCCAAGAUACGCUGACAACAAUGACUUGCUUAACAACAUCGAAGAAGAAAUACGAACAGCCACCCGAGAAACUUUCACGUUGCGACCACAUGUCAUUAAAACAUCAAAACCCAAGCCGCGGUCCCAUAUCAAGACAUAACUUCGACCACAUGUCGUUAAAAGAACAAGGAUGCGACCAUACUAAGUGUAAUGGUCAUUGUGGUCACAUGUCGUUAAAAUGUCUUAAAUGCGAUACAAAAUUAGAUAAAACUUGUGACCAUAUGAUCUCAAACUGCCACAAAUUUGACCGCGGAAACUUAAAAGGACAAAAUUGCGAUCACAUGUUACAUGAUCAAAAAUGUAAUUUAAUGAACAACGGUCAAAGACGUCACAAGAAUAUCUGUACUUAUAAUAAUAAUUGUUCUAAAACAUAA